AUGCAUGAUUCAAGAUUCGAACUCCGGGACUUCGACCUGCACAGCCACCCCCACGCUCCCAGCUCGGUCGCUCUGCUCGAGUCUUCUGGGAUAAAUCUUACCCGGAAUCGUCAAUUGGGCAUCCCCUCCGUCUGGCUCGCCCGCCUUCUACUUGACGCUGGCCUCGUCGGCGACUUCUCCAGAGCGACAUGGGUAGCUUUUCACGGAUGCUACGAUUUUGCUAUCUUGUUCAAAGCCCUGUUUCAACUGACGACGAAACUGCGUGUGAGGCUGCCGGAGACCAUGGAGGAGUUCAUCGCGCUGACAAAAUGGUAUUUUGGUGGCCGCAUAUAUGAUGUGAAGUGCUUGAUUAGAAGAUGCGAUGGGCUUUACGGGGGGCUGGAGAAGGUGGCUGAGAAGUUGGACGUGAAGCGUGCGGAGGGGAAAGCGCAUCAGGCGGGGUCUGAUAGUUUGCUUACUUGCGAGGUGUUCCUGCGGAUGAAGAAGAUUUAUUUCGGUCCUGCUGAUGACGGAAAGGAGAGGAAAAUGCCCUUUGAAGGGCUUAUUUUUGGACUUAACAGUUGA